AUGGAGCGACCGACCGCUCAGCCGACAAUCGAACAUGCAUUCGACUCAAGGCAGCAGCAGCAGCAAACGGAAGCGACCAACCCCCGCGCUUGCUUCAAUAUGGCAACCAGAGGACUUGCUUUUGGUGUGCCGCUUCUGCUGCUGCUCUGCGUGAUGUAUCGCAUCGAGUUGGCACAGGCAGUCAAUGCAUGUGGCACUGGCGGCGUUUGCGAUUGCUCGUCGGGAACGACAGUCAAUUGCAUGAACAAGAAUCUCACCGAGAUUCCAACCGCAGUCCCAGUUGCGACAACGAUGCUGUAUCUGCAGAACAACAAGAUCACCAGCAUUCCUGCAAAUGCAUUUCCAGGCCUGACUCGCGUCACAAACCUAAUUCUGUUCAGCAACCAGAUCACGAGCAUUGAUGCCUCUGCAUUCACAGGUCUGACUGCGGUAGCACAAUUGAAUCUGUAUGGCAACCUGAUUACCAGCUUUUCCGAGAAUGCAUUCACAGCUCUCACUGCGUUGCAAUACUUAUAUCUGCACGACAACGACAUUACUGCGUUUCCCUCCUCUGCAUUUGCAGGCCUGACUCGGCUGAAUUACAUAGGGAUGUCCGGCAACCAGUUGUCCAGCAUUCCCUCCAAUGCAUUUUCAGCUGUACCUUCGCUGACACAAUUGGAUUUGACAACCAACCAGAUCACCAGCAUUCCUGCCACUGCAUUCACUGGCCUGACUGCGUUGACUUUCCUGAAUCUGUACUUCAACGUGAUCACCAGCAUUUCUGCAAACGCGUUCACAGGGCUGACAGCGUUGACAACCAUCUAUCUGAAUCUCAACAGGAUCACCGAAAUACCUGCAAACACAUUCACGGGUCUUUCUGUGCUGACUUAUCUGCCUUUGGAGGGCAAUCGCUUCACCACUUUGCCGCCCGGUCUGUUCAAGGGCUUGCCAAAUAGCUUGACUUUGUCGCAGACACACCCCCCAUACCUGUACCCCAACAACUUUACCUUUAAUGGCAACAAUGUCGCUCCGCCCAGCACAUAUGGCACUGUAGCCGCUCCAUACAAGUGUGAUACCGCCUGUGCCACCUGCUAUGCUACUGGGUCCAGUUCGUGUUGCGCGACCAAUUGCUUGUACUGCUCUUCAUCCGCUGUGUGCACUCAGUGCUAUGAAGGUUAUGUUCCGAUGAGUGGAUCAUGCGUGUCGCUCGCUUCCGCCGCUUCAGCUUCCGUCGCUUCCGUCGCGUCUGCUGAAGUCGCUUCCGUCUCUUCCGCUUCAGCCGCAUCUGAUGCGACUGCCUCUACCGCCUCUGCGUCGAUUGCUUCCCUUGUGUCCGCCGCUUCUGCUCUGUCGGCGUCCCAUGCUUCCCUUGCUACUGAAGUUUCAGCUUCUGUUGCAUCUGCUGCCAGCGCCUCAUCAGAAUCUGUCGCAUCUGAGGUUUCUGCUACCUCGGCAUCCUUUGCUUCCCUUGCGACCGCAUCAUCUGCUUCCAUUGCAUCUGCUGCCAGCGCUUCUUCAGAAUCUGCUGCUUCGGAAGUCUCCGCUACCUCAGCAUCCAUCGCUUCCAUCGCUGCUGCAUCUUUAGCUUCCGUUGCAUCAGCUUCCAGCGAGUCGUACGCAUCUCUCGCUUCCGAUGUUUCCGCGACCUCGGCGUCCUUUGCUUCCCUCGCCACAGAGUCCUCAGCCUCUGUUGCCUCUGAGGCGUCUGCAUCAGCUGCUAGUGCAUCAUCAGCAUGGCAGACAUCUGCUGCAUCUGCUGCGUCCAAUGCUCCAAACGAGUCAAGUGAUGCAUCGUCUGGACCGAUUAUUGGCGGAGUGAUUGGUGGCGUGUUUGCCCUCCUCUUGCUGGUUGCGUUGAUCGUGGCCCUUCGACGCCGUCGCUCACCUAAUGCCUUCGUGCCCAUUAGCACGGCCAACAAACUACGCGAAUCUGCAUCUGGCACGGAACCGACCUACCAGUCUGUUGAUCACAGGGCGUCCAAUGUUGCGAAUCCCACAUACGCAGCUGUGUCUGCUCCUGGAGAGCACGACUUGUACGAAGAUGUCGGCUCAAAGCCCCAGGCUCCUUCUGUCGGUUCGUCGGAACAGGUGUAUGCCGAAGCAUCUGCGGUUGCAUCCAUUACAGCGCAAGCAUCGGGUAGCGGCGUCGAGUACGCGGAUCCUUUGCUGCCUAACGCAUCGUCUGCUCGUGCGCCGCCCACGUUCUCGCCCACCCCUUACGCAGCAGUGACUGUCGCACCCUCCUCGCAGACCGAGCAGGCUGAGAAUGUCGACUACGCCGAACUCAAAAACUAG